GUUGAAUAUCCCCAGGGAUGCAUUGUGGUUGUUGUUGAAGUGAAACGGAACAUUCAAGACAAAACGUUUGUCCAAAUGUAACGCGUCUGUGAUUCCUAGUGCAAUAUGAUUCCCGAAAGAACGGCUACUCUUCAUGCCUCGGUCAUUGCUACUGUCUUCUUUGUUGUGCUGUGUCAGCUUGUUCAUGGAAUUCCUCCGCCGAUCAUGAACGUAACAACAGAGAUGUACUAUGAAAUCAAUGACGGCGAAAAUUUUUACGUUUCGUGCACCGGAAUACAACCAAUCCAGUGGACUCACACUAUGGGUCCUUCGCAAUCGGUGACAGAUGGAAGAACGACGAAGAUCAGGAAUGAUUACGUGUCAGUUUUUGAGCUGGAAAACGCCAAAUACUGGCAAACUGGCAAAAUUCAAUGCGGUUAUUUAAAUGCUACCAACGUCGCAUGGAUUUACUUGUAUGUCAAGCAUCCCCGGUAUUUAAUAGCCAAUUGGACUGAAGAUGCCAUUGCAAAGUUGGUUGUCGAUGAUAGCACCGACAGCCUAAUUAUUCCGUGUCGACCCACUGCACACGACGUUCACGUUGUUUUGCAAAAAGACGGCCAGAAUGUGACGGUGAUCGAGCGGGUCUUGCACUUGGGUCUCCAUGUGAAGAGCGUCUUGCUUGUGAACGGGAUGUAUCGCUGUUGUCCGACGUCUGUUGAUUUCGGGUUCAUCGGGAAGGAUUGCCUUGAUAUACGUAUCCUACGCAAUCAACCAUUAUCGAACCCGGACAUUUCACGAGCUCCUGGGCAAAGUAUUUGGUUCAUCGUGGAUCUGCGAAUGCGUCUUCAAUGCAUAGUGAGUGCAGAAAAGUAUGUUCACGUUGAAUUCAACUGGGCUCUACCACGGUUUUCUACUGCCAAAAAUGAUAACAGAUUUUCAACAUCUGAAACGUACGAUAGCGAUAAAAAGGAAUACGUUUCGGUUCUCACAAUCAGCAAAACGAAGUUGACAGACGCAGGGAUUUACACGUGCGACGUCGGAGGCGGGUCAAGUCCUGCGAAUUAUUCAGUUACUGUCCAUGAUGGUAGUCCAGUGAUUCAAAAGGUGAAAGCUGAGCCAUGGAACAUCACGGUACCCGUUGGAAAAGGUGUCGCCCAGUGGGUAGUUGACGUUUUGGCGUACCCACCACCGACACUGUCGCUUAUUCGAACGCGGCGCCCCGAUUUAUUCCGUAAAACUGACUACGAAAUCGUGAACAACGCAGAAACUGAAGGAACCGUUCUUGUUCAACUUGUCGGCGUUCAACUCGAGGAUUUUGGCAACUAUACCUUGAAAGUUGUCACCGCCACUAUGUCGAGAUCAAUUACGUUGCGAGUGGAAGUGACAGACCAACCGAAGGUAGAAACCAUUCAGUUCGCGGAUUCCGGGAUGGUCCCGGGUAGUUUCGUUAUGGUCGACACCAAAGUCAGCAUCGAAUGCAUUGCUAGUGGAUAUCCCGUACCGGAGAUUGACUGGAUUUUUAGGCCCUGUGAAACUCCCGACGAGUGUGAAGGAAGUCCUGUGCACGUGAAUGAACAUAGAACGAGGAACAAAGAAGCCAUCGAAAUUUCCCGUGACGAGGAGUACAAAAUAGUGUCGACUCUCAAAUUGUAUGCUUCGGAAUCUGGUUCCUAUCACUGCGGAGCAGGAUUUAGCAAUUUCUACGAUGAAAAGAAGUUUUUCUUGAGAGUGACUGACAUUGGUGGUGAAGACGGAUUUGGAGUUGUGAAGCGGGUAAACGACGAAAGUACUUGGGAACCUUUGAGCGAUCGUUUUGAUGCAUACGAGGGAGACAAAAUUGUAAUUAAAUGUGGUGCUUCGAAGUUCAACUAUACUAAUGCGGUCGCUUGGGAUUAUCGAACAAGUUCCAAAGGAGAAUUCAAACCUGCGUUGCCGUUGAAUUGGAAUACUUCCCCGGCGAGCUCGGAUUUGUCUUGGGGACUGCGCAUUAGUUUGUCGAAAGCGGGAAGAGCGGAAAAUGGGGAAUACAGGUGCUCUGCUACCAACACUGUCAAAGGCGAAAGAAAUUGGGUUGCAUUCACAAUGAACAUCGUCCCCAUGGAGGAGCCAGCGUUUGAUGGAACGACGAACAUGUUCAAAGCGAGCAAAGCCGGGAAACCGAUGGCCAUCAAGAAUGGAGAUGUCCUUAUUUUGAAUUGCUCCGUUUCUGGCGUUCCUACUCCGAAUAUUGAAUGGCUGAAGGACUCCAUGAGAUUCAACGAAACAAAGGAUCACAGAAUUUUUGUGAACGGAUCGCUGUUAACUUUUUCACCUGCAAUUGCGGAGAAGGAUAAUGGACGUUACAGUUGUCGAGCGAGGAAUAAAGCGGGGGAGACGGAGAUCUCUGUCGAUCUAGAAGUUGUCGCCACUUCUGCUUCAUUUGGAGGAAUGGGGCUUCCAGGUUUUUUUGUUCUGGUGACAGUUGUGGGUUUGCUGGUUUUCACUGUGAUUGGAGCCUGCAUCUAUGCCAGGAAGCUCAGGAAAGAUAAAGAGAAGUUAUCUCGACUUUUGACGGAGAAGGAAGCAAAGCAGUUUAGAGAAGGCGAAUUGCUCAUGAUAAUCGAGUAUUGCCCCCUUGGAAGCCUGGACAAGUACCUUAGAAAACAUAAGGUCAAUUUCAAGGAUCAGUUCAGCUCGGUUUCUGGCCUUCCAGUGCCGAGCAUUAGAAAUAGAUCGUUCAAUUCUCAAAGCACUGCAUCAGUUGUGGAUCCUAUGGCUUAUGUAACUAUGGGAACAGAACAGUCGCUUCGAGAGAACAGCGUGGAAUUUAAUCGCAAUCGACAGCGAAUGUCCUCUGCGUCAACCGAGAGCUGCACUGUACGAACAGCUGUUACUGGGGUGACCGACCUUGAUACCGAUGGUAACGGCAGAGGAGGAGCGCUUUGGGCGGAAGUGUACGAAGCCGAACGAAAUCUGGACAACGAUCGAACUCUCAGCACUGCUGAUUUGCUGAGUUGGGCCUAUAAUUUGAUGCAUAGUUGUUGGGAAGCUGCACCCGAUCAAAGACCUUCCUUCGCUGCGCUAACAUCCGAUUUCGGCGCUCUUGUUGACCCCCAGACGAAGCUCCGUUUGAGUGCGAUGAAUGAGAAAUUUGAACGUCAUAAUGGGGAGUUGUUUGCGGAAUACGGCGAUUUUCUGGCCAAUUUUGGCAUGGAUGGUGGAUCAUCUGGAAGCAAAAGCAGAUCGCGAUCUGUGACGAGCAGAGGUACGAGAUAUCUUCCCGAAGAUGCUAAUGGAUAUUUAAUUCCGAAUCCCAGUCUUCGAACUCCGUCUGCGUACGUCGUUAUGGGUGGUGGAGACUCCGUGAGAUUCUCUCGUGAUGGAGAACAACCUCCCGCAUUCUAUGAAAACAUGAACGUGAGAAGUGCGGAACCGCCGAGAGUGGAAGCGACGGUUGCGAAUACGAAUCAGACACCUGUGAAACCACUAACCGGUCAAAGCUAUGCGAACCAACUGGAUUUUUCCCGUUUCUUGUCAGUGCCCUCUAGUGAAGACCCCGGUGAGCGAGACGCUGGGGACGGGUUGCAUGAAGUUGACCCGCUUUUGGUGAAGUAUAACCCUGGAUACGUCACGUCAGAUGUGCCUUCGACUGACCUCUGAGUUCAUUUCACUGAUGGAAGUCUAUUUUUUAUUUUGUCGUGGUUGUACCGUCUUACUUCGAAUGUGAGGGGAAAUUUUAUUUUUUAUUUUGUGCCUUUGGGCUGAAAUUUGGUCAUUUUUUCACGCAGUUUUUGCGAUUCUUCUCCGUAUCUUCUUAUCUUUGGGAAAGAAGUACUCUGUCAGCUGAUUCGUAAUUUGAACGAAGUGGAACUUACGAAUUUUGCAUUUUUCUGCCAUUGAGGAUCACUAAAUUUGUCUUGCGUAGAUCUCGGAUUGUUGAACGUUGUUGAAUGAUUUGAAGAACAUGGGACUGGUUUUGAAUUGCUUGCUUUUGUUACAUGACCGAAUUUGAACCGAAAGUGCGCAAUGGUUGAACGUGUAUUUCGUUGGUUGUUCGCUUAGCAAAGAUACUCAAGUGUUUGUUAACCACGUAUUUCUGUUUGUCAAACAGAAGCUAACAUGAUUUUCCGAGCUGAGAUGAACGCUAUUCUAUAGAGGGCAAUGACGUUGUAAAAUUUGGAUAUUGGACUCAGUUUUUAUGCGGAAGGAAAUGACAGCGCCAUGCCAGUUAUUUUUCAACUCCUCACGUUGGAGGCAUUUCAGUUUUAUUGAAGGUUAUUUAUUUACGAUGUUCGGUUGUGACUGAGAUUUUUGAGCGUGCUUAAGUUUUGAGAAUGAGUGUCAAAUUAAUGCAGGAAGAGGUUGAGACGAACGGAGUUUCGUGUGGGAUUGUUAGUUGUUGAAUGUUUUUGUUUCGUUUUAUUUUCAUUUAAUUGUGUGAGAGAUGUCGGAAGCAUCAUAAAUCGCUUUUAUCUUGUUCGUGCUUGUGUCCUUCUUGUGAAAUUGCUCGUUUUUUCGUUGUUGAGAUGUGGUACGGAGCAAUGUCAGCUGAACAUGUCCUGUGAUGUAUUCCACAGUAACCGUGGAUUUCUCGUGUGAAAACUGAACUCCUCGGUUUUGUUCUUUGGAAAGAAAAUGCUUUCUUCGUCGAUUCUUGUCAUUGGCAUCAAUAUUUAGCGGCAUAUCCCAAUUUUAUUAAUGGUUGCCGAGAAGAGUAAGAUGGAGCCGGAUGAGCCCCUGCUGGAAUCCUAUUCAACGUCCCACUCAUCGUUCCCUGUGAGGAAACGUACUUGUGCCAACUGCUGCUCCUUCCCAUCGUCCAUACAUAAGCGCAAGAAUUUCCCCGAAAAUCCUCUGAAAAGAAAAACUCAAGUUUUCAGACGAAUAACACUUGAAUGACCUUCCGGUGGAAGAAAAUCCUUCUGAAGAAAUACUCCUUACAUCAUUAUCCCGGAG